AUGAUGUUAACAGUAGGAAGACCUUUAUAUUUGGAAACUUCUGUUGUGAUGGUCUCCCUCGUCCAAAUCUAUACUAUUAUACUGGCAUUCUUUGAAUUGCCUGCUGUCGUGUUAUUACUUGUAUACGACCAAUCCGCUACUGAGGUAACUCCUUGGUUUGAUAAUGUGGCUCCACUAGGAAGGCGAUCGUAUGCAUUCAUGUAUGCAGCUAUACUUGUACUGAUGAUGUUCUCAAGGUUACUUUCAGUAUACUUGCCAAGACACCGACUAUUACAGGUUUACAACGCAAUACUGCAUACACUGGAGUUGCCACUCUAUUUCUCAUUGUUGUUACUAAUGAAAAAUCCCGUAUCUCCAGUCUGUUACAUCUUUUUGACUUUUAUGGUGAUUAAUUGCGUUUUGUUUAGCUCUCAAGCAUUAAAGGUACUUAAACUUGGGACCAAGAUCUCUAUACAUGAGGAAGAGAAGAAGAAGAAAAUGUGA